GAAUUGCUGGUCAGGAGAGGAGUAGAGGUCGACGCCGAAUUUCACACGUCCGAUCGUGUCACUCACGGGUCAAGCUUGCGGUCGCUGGCGGAAAUGUCCGGAUACACCCGUUUGCCCAACUCUUUCUCGAACGCCCCUCCGACUUAAUGUGUGGCAUAACGCCAUUGGCUGUGGCGACGAAAUCGGGACAUGAAUGUGCAGUCAGAUUUCUCAUUGAGUCUGGGGCAGAUGUAGAUUUCAGUGCGUGGUGGUCAGAACAGCGAGACCUUUCCCAGCACGUGUACGGCGGGAGGGUUCGAGAACCAGAAAGUCGGAGCAUGCAAGGAGCAGGGAUGCAGAUUUCAAAUUACAACCCUGUGUCUUCUUGGCAUGGGGGUUUUUCUCAGCGCGUGGUGAAGGGUGUUGGUCUUUAGGUGAUGGUUGGACAUAUGUGCGGCUUGUUAGGGCUUCUUGGUAUGAAUGAUAACCCUUUGUAAACAGAAAAUCCUUCCUUU